UCAUUACACAAAGAGCCACAGUUAACUUGGCCCAUCUUAUAAAUAUACCUUUCUACCUUCUCACCAACAAGCUAAUAGCUAAGCUGCCACAUUUUUCCAUUAACACUCUCAAACACAUAGCAUCAGAAAACCUAACUAGGAAAUAUGAGGCAAUUCGAUCCAUGGCCUGUCUUCUUCCGUCGUGAAUGGAGCCGUAACUGGCCAUUCCUCGUUGGUUUCGCCGUCACCGGAGCUAUCAUCACCAAGCUCUCCCUCGGUUUAACUGAGGAGGAUAGGAAGAACUCUCGAUUUGCGCAGAGGCACAAGAAGUAA